AUGGUCGCACGUAGUUCAUUCCAAGAAGCCAAUUAUGAGAGAAUCCAAGACAAUGAGGGUAACAUAAACGUAGGUGCCUUGCAUCACGAUGUUUCCAAGCACCCAGAAUACUUGCCAUCGUGGAGUAAAAAGGAAUUUUACCCUCCACUUGAGUUCAAGGAACACCAUGACAGGGGGAAGUUUGCUGACCCCAAGUUCCCCAAUUUGCUUCCAAGUGGAGUCACUGCUAAGAAUGUCACUCCAAAGUUGGGAGUUGAAGUAGAAGGGAUUCAAUUGUCGUCACUCUCUGAUCAGGGGAAGGACGAAUUGGCCUUGUUAGUUGCUCAGAAGGGUGUCGUUAUCUUCAGGGACCAAGACUUUUUCCAGCAGGGACCCAAGUUCGCUACUGACUAUGUGAGAUACUUCGGUCCAUUACAUAUCCACCCUACUUCGGGCGCACCAAAAGGUCAUCCUGAGCUUCACGUUGUUUACUACCGUAAAGAUCAUGAAAGUGGUGGAAAGCUCACCAGGUCCAACAGAACGAAUUUGGUUCAAUGGCACUCCGAUGUCACUUACGAGUUACAACCACCAGGUACUACCUUUUUCGGAAUCCUUGAAGGUCCAAGCUCUGGUGGAGAUACCUUGUUUUCUGAUAAUGUUGAAGCCUACAAUAGGUUAUCACCUGCAUUCAAGGAAAGGCUAGAAGGUUUGUACGCAUUGCACACAUCUCACGACCAAGCCGCUAACUCUAGGAAUGACAAGGGAAUCGAGAAGAGAGAUCCGGUCAACAACAUUCACCCAAUUGUUAGAGUUCACCCAGUCACUGGACAAAAGUCAUUGUUUGUCAAUGUGAACUUUACUAAGAAGGUUGUAGGAUUCAAAGAGGAAGAGAGUGAUGCUUUAUUGAGCUUCUUGUUUCAACACAUUGGUAAUUCACAUGAUUUCCAGCUUAGAGCCAACUACGAAGAGAAUACAGUUGUUGUUUGGGAUAACAGAAGAGUCACCCAUGCUGCAAUUUUCGACUGGCAGGAUGAAGAUGUGGGAAGACAUGCAGUUCGUGUGACACCACAAGCUGAACGCCCAGUUGCAGACUUAGCAGACUUAAACAAGUUCAGUAAGAACAAUGAUACUGGUGAUUAUACUUACAGCAACUUUAGUUAA